UCCCAAACAGGCCGUUCCUCUCAUAGUCAUCUCCAAACCACCUCCCAUCCGAGCCUAGCUCCUCACCGGGCUGAGCAGACAUGCUUUUUUUUCUCUGUUGUCGGACAGAAGAUAUACUAGCUAAAAAAGCUGCUUCUUCUUCGACCGUAUGCCGGGGCUGUUACUGUAAAUGAGCGGUGGUAAACCUUUGCGCUAGAAUGGCUGACGGAGACAAUCACACAACAAUGCAGCUCUUAGCUGGCUGGCGUUUGUCAACUGAGUGAGCCUGCCUUGGGUUUGUAGACGCCACAGAUGAGACGGUGCGGUCGGUCGGGGAGCAAAGAGGAGAGGAGUGAGGUUGAUUGUUUUAGUUCACUGCUCCAACGGUGACGUCAUGGUGUCCGCGAGGCUUCAGGGUUGGCACUUUAUUUGGGGCAGUCAAAUAUAAUAAAGGGCAUUUUCGACGUGUAAAAUGAAGUUAAGUGUUUGACAUUAACGGAGUGAAUGACAGCAAAAUGAUGCUUGGUGUUGUGAAACAGGCUACAGUGACUCUAUGUGAAGAUAAGUCAGUGAAAUUAGACGCAUGGUCCAGAGGGAGCAUAUUAAGAAAGAUAGCGGCAUUUCCAGGUCAAUUAUACGAACUGAAGAUGUAAGAAGAAUAGCUAGAAUUUCAAGUACAAUGUUUUAUAAAAGUGUACCUAAAAGAGAAAAAAAGUGUUUUUAUGAUUUUGUAAAAAUGGGUUAUGUUAUGUUGCCGUGUGACGCCCUCAUGUGGAAGCUCAAAAUAUGAUCAGGACAAGCAAAAGUUUCAACAUGGCUCCUUAGCAACCAGACGCUCCUGCCUGGACACAGACUGAUGCCAAACAUUGCUGAUGGCCCACAGAGUUUAUUUUUUCGCAGAAGUCCCCCUGGUAUUAUGUAAUUCGUUGUCGGCAAAUAGUGUUAAUUUGAUCUAACAUGCAAGGUUGAAUUUGACAUAAUAAUUUAUGUUAAUACUGGCAUUUACGGCAUCUACUGACGUGAGUUAACAGUGCCUGUCGUUAGUUAGCUGGUACGUUAGCAUAACUAUAAAGGCUAGCGAAGUUAGCAUGAAUGUGUGGUUGCCUACGAACCUCCAUUAUUUGUUACCAUACUUACCCUAUCUAGCAGCCUAAUGGUCAUAGCGUUUUCCUGUUGUCUCUAAAAUAGACUAUUAGAAUAAGGCAGGAUAUAUGCAUUAUAACGGAAAACUUUACUUAACGUUAUCUCAGUUGCAGUAGACUAAAGGCAGAAGAGUUAUGAUACAGAGUGAGAAACAAAAGCACCGAGGUGACGAGGAGGUGGUCAAAGAAUUGUGCAUGGCCAAUGGAGUCUCCUAUGAAAAAAUUGCACAAGAAGGAAGCAACGUCAGGUCCCUGGAGAUCUUCUUCUCUGGUUUUCCUUGCAUGGUUGGACUUUCCUUCUUCCCAAGGCUCUGCCAUCUGACCAUAGUAGCCCAAGAUAUAAAACACAUUGAAGGACUUGAGUGCUGUCCUCUGCUUCGGGAGCUCUGGAUAGUCCAGUGCUAUCUGACAGGAAUAUCCGGACUACAGAAUUGCCUACAACUAGAGAAACUCUACAUUUAUGAUAAUCACAUCUGUGAAAUAAAUAAUUUAGAAUUACAGAUCAACCUAGAGGUUUUGUGGCUUAACAACAACUGCAUAACUCAGAUACAGGGCUUGGACACACUUCAAAACCUCAAAGAACUUAACCUUGCUGACAACGAUAUUGAAAAGAUUGGGCAUAGCCUUGAUCCUAAUGUCAGCCUUCAGAAUCUUAAUCUAUCCGGGAACAAGAUCCGCUCCUUUAAGGAGCUGACCCUGCUUUGUCGCUUACCCCAUCUGAGAGAACUAGCACUGAAGGACCCCAUGUCAACCCCAAACCCAGUGUGUCUGCUGUGUAACUACGAAACACACGUUCUUUACCACAUGCCAGGCCUCCAGCUACUUGACACCUGUGACGUCUCGAGCAAGCAAAUCAAGGAAGCAGCUGAGUCCACAGUAAUGAAGAAAAUGAUGUACUACAACAUGCGUGUACGUACUACUCAGAGGAAGCUGGCCGAGAUCCGGCUCAGUCUGAUGGAGAGGAAGAAAACUAUGUUACAGUUACCUGAAGAAUGCAUCAGAGCACUCAAUCACGCCCUCAAGAGUCUUGAACGGGAGGUGCCGGCUAGUUGUAAGAAGUCUUCCUGCACGUUGGAGGACGGAUCGACCCACCUGGUUGAAGGUUCAUCCGACAGAAGUGACCUAACCACUGACAUCAAUCGCGAUCCCGCCAUGGAACACAAAAUACUCAGCAAGAUUGAAUCACUGAGGGAAAGACUGGAGCUAUGGACGAGGAGGCUGGAUGAGAUUGAAGCCUGGUAUGAGCGGGAUUUGACACGAGCCACAAACACGAUGGAAUAUACUGUCCAGUUUCUGUUGAUGGAGCUAGAAAGUGUUGGAAAUAUUCGUUUGGAAGUGGGCUGCUCCACAGACCCUUGGUUUACUUCCUGUUGCGACCUCCUGCAUUCCCGCUUCUCUCACUCAGACUUUAAGGUUCACAGCAUCGCCGGCAUUAAGAUCAAUAGACUUAUCCGCAUCCACAACAGUGCUUUGAGGCUUCGCUUUGAGGACAAACUUCACACCCUUCUAGCCAGCGAAGAGUCCACUCUCUCUUUACAGAAUUACAAACGUCGGCUGGAGCACUUGUUCUACGCAGCUGACCCUGAAAGAAAUAGUGAGAAAGAAGACAUUUUGUGCAUUCUAGAGGAAGGCUUCAGAACUGCUGCAGAACAACACACGGCCUUGCAAAGAGAGGGUGCUAUACCUUUAUCGAACAGUCUGAGUGUGACUGAACAGCCCAGAAUUGAACACAUACUGCGCCAGGCCAGCCAAGGCAAUUCAAAGCACAAUGCGGACACGAUCCCCUUCAGGCACGGUCAGAUUAUUGUUUCCAAAGUGUUUGUGGGUCACAGCACGCCUAUCCGAGAGGGAGACCCGUUGGACAGAAGCAGACAUCCCAGAGUUUUUUCUGUGUAUCGCAAUGUGGACACUAAACACAGAACUGCAAUCAGUGACGAGAGACUCCGCUCCACUAAAACACACCCUGGUCCUGAGUGCAGUCCCAGACGAAGACAGUGGUUUGUGUUCGACCACGAGCUUAUCCUGCCCGAGUACAUCAUUUACUUUGAAUAUAUCAGCGAGGAUCAAGAACACCCACACAGCACAGGCAGUGAUGAUACUCCGUCCAACGAUAUCAUCCUAGACAGGGAAGUCCUCAACAUGGAACCUGUGCUGCCACCACAGCCCAAGUUGUUGAGCUUGGAUGACAAAAUUCUGCUUAACGUGGCCAGAGCCAAUGUUCUCAGUCAAAUCACUGUGCUGAAUCUUCAUGGCAACAGUCUGAGUAAAAUAAAAGAGAUUUCCCGCCUCACAGCUCUACGGCAUCUCACCAUCAGCUUCAAUGAGUUCACACACCUGGAUGACAUUUCUCACAUGCCCAAUCUUGAGUUUUUGGACGCUAGCUACAAUCACCUUGUCACCCUAGAAGGGCUGAGGAGGUUGGGACAGCUCAAACAGGUCGACCUGCGCUGGAACAAGUUGACCAAGGUGAGAGAGGAAACGGCUGUGCUGAGGAAACACACACCUGCUCUGCUGAAGCUUGACACCCGAUACAACCCCUGGAACAGGUCCGAAGCAGUGAGAAUGACCAUACUGGGCCGUCUAACGACCCUCACACACCUGGACGAUAUGAUGGUCACAGAGGAGGAGGCUGCUUAUGCUGUUCAGAUGGCUGCUGGAUCGAAAAUUACCCAGGCAUCUCUUCUGGCUCGAUCACAUACCAACAGUGACCGUCCCCGAAGUCUCAGCCUGCUGUCAACAGCCCAGCUCCUAUGUCUUCUAUGUCCUGCGUCCUGGGGCCUCCACCGAGAGCUGGAGCCAGACUGGACUGCAAAGAUCACUGCCCUGAACUUUGACAGCCAGAGGAUUUCCAAACUGAUAAAUCUAAAUAAGCUGGUCAACCUUCGCUGGGCUUCGUUUAACGAUAACAACAUUUCUAAAGUGGAAGGUCUUGACAGCUGCUUGAAGCUGGAGGAGCUUUCCCUCAACAAUAACAGCAUAAACACACUUAAUGGCCUAUCAAAAAUGCAUUGCCUAAACAAACUGAGUGUAGAUGGGAAUCAGCUGUCUAGUCUGGACGCGUCAGUUCUAGAACAACUGCCCAACUUGUCUUUUCUGUCUGUGGAGAACAACUGUAUCAGUUCCCUGCAUGGCAUCCAGAGAGUUCGCUGCCUUCUAGAGCUUUACAUCGGCAACAACCACAUUUCUACGUCACGAAACAUCUACUAUCUGAAGGGAUUGACAAACCUCAUCAUUCUGGAUCUUUAUGGGAAUGCUUUACUGGAGAAACUGGAAAACUAUCGGAUUUAUGUGGUGUUCCAUCUACCCUUCUUAAAAGCUCUAGAUGGCAUUGCAGUGGAGGUGACUGAGUGUGAAAGUGCGAAGGAUAUGUUUGGAGGAAGACUAACCCCUGACAUGGUAGCAGAGAAGCUGGGCCACUCAAACUACACAGACAUCACCUACAUCACCCUGCAGUCCUGCUCCAUUAGGAUGGUUGAUCUGUCUCCAGCUGACCUGUUCUGUAGCCUGCGCAGUGUCAACUUAGACCACAACAACCUCACCUCUUUCUCUGGCCUCAUUUACCUGCCCAACAUCAAAGCUUUGUGUCUGAACUACAACCACAUUGAGUCCAUCCUGCCCAGACUGAAAACUCAGGCUCCUCUGACAAACAGACAGAUUCUGCACAGCAAAGUUCACUCCAGUGGUUAUGGCCAACAUAGCCCAUCUAAAGGCAAAGGGGAAAUUGGGCCGACUGGCAGUCUGGAGCCACUGAUGGGCAGCCUGGAGGUGCUGCAUUUGAGUCACAAUGGCAUCUCCAAUAUGGCCAAUCUGCAGCUCAGCAGGCUCACCAAUCUUAAAGCACUCUUCCUACAAGGUAAUGAGAUCAGCCAGGUGGAAGGAUUGGAGGGGCUUCAGCAGCUCCGAGAGCUUGUGUUAGACAGGAACCGGAUUAAAGCUCUGGCCGAUAACUCUUUCGUAGCCCAGAACGUCCUGCUAGAACUGCAUCUAGCAGAGAACCGGAUCCGGGAGCUCAACCAUCUCGAUCCUUUGACUGAGCUCCGCAAGCUCUUUCUUGGCAUGAACAAACUGCAGGACAUCACAGAGCUUGAUAAACUAGAAGUUCUUCCUUCGCUGACAGAGCUCUCUGUAGUUGGCAAUCCUGUGGCCAAAAAUUCUCUCCACAGACCAGCGAUAGCACUCCGACUGUCCCAGUUGCAGGUGCUGGAUGGAGUGAUGGUCACACUGGAGGAAAGGACCAGGGCUGAACUCCUCAGUGCUGAGCCAUCACCUUGUUCCCAAUACCCUGGAGCUUCUCUUCCUACCACUGAAAUAAACCUACCUGGACUGCUUCCCCUCAUGCCUCGAAGCACCCCUCUAAGAGGAAUGACUAUAAGUGGAGGACUGCAGAACUUUAUGCACGGGCACGAUAUCCUGCCAAGUAAUGUGGACGAGUCUCAUUACACAUACAAGCACAAGAAGCACAAGCACAGUAGUGCUGUUCAUCGUGGCCAAGCUGACAUUACCUUGAGACACAUUCGAAGAACAGGAAGCAAUCUGCCAACCGCAGGUCUCCUUCAUGAUGGGAACAGAGUCAUCAUCACAUAUCCCAGCCAGGAGCAGGACAGCAGAUUUCCAAAUGGUGGCAAACCUCCACCCAUGUAGCGGCCAGAAGAGGUGGAGCAUACUAUAGUCACAGGGGAAACAAAGUUAUCCUAUCCUUGGCCCCAAACAAGAGAGAGAAAAAAACACCCACAGAUGUAAGGGCGUGUAAGGCUGGCAUGCUGCUUCCAUGGGGUCAAAUGGAUCCCCAACAAGUGGAUAAUCCAGCUUUAGCACACCUCUCUGUGGACAAUAAUCUGCAGUCACUCAGAUAAAGAUGUAAUCUUGAAUGAGGUCCAAAUGGAUUUCAGAGAUUGUCAGUUUCAUCAUGUUAGCCUCUUUUCGAAAAGCCCAUCGCUGUUUUGACUAAUAGGCAAAUCUUGUGUGUUUUAACUGGAAAUGAACCUACUCUACUUAAUAUCUGUGAUGUUAGUUCUGCUGAACAUUAUAAUCCAUCCUGUCUUCCUGUCCGUUUAGUGUAGUAGUCCUGUAGUUAACUAAAAUCACCAGUCUGAGCCUUGAAUGAGGAGGAUUCAUUCUGGCACCUCCAUGUGAAAACAUUUAGAGAGGGCAUCACAUUUUAUAUAGCAGAUAAAAAAACACCAUUCUCACUGUCACUGUACAGACUGUUGUUGCCUUUCUCAACAACUACGGUUUGGGAAAUAUAUGAUUUAAAUUGUAAACAAAAGCCAAGAGUGACCAAGAACACCCUUUCCAAAGGACAUUUUCUGUUAUACUUCGUCCACCAACCUGAACUCUGGACUUUAUGGAUCAGUGGCGUUAAUGUCUCCACUAGGUGUCCUUAGAGCUCCAUUAGCUCUCCCUGUACAACACUGCUAAUCAGUCGUCCUCAUGAAUUUACCACUUGCCCUGUAGGUAGUCAUUUCUCAGUUGAAGGCAGUUACGUGUGUAUGCUUUAGUUCUGCGUUCCCUGCCUUUGCUGAACAUUGCAGCAAAAUUGAAAAGCUCUCCCCAAACAAGCUCCUCUAAUGCAUGUACUUAACUUCACUUAAUUUGUGUUAAUUCCUAGCAUUAAGCGGGGCUAAUGACAGUGCACUGUCAUUACCUUGCUCUGCCUGACUUCAAAUGGCAGCUGAUGGACUCUAAUGCACAGAUUUGGAAGCUCAGAGAGAGCUCUCUAAUGCAUUAGGUAUUUCAAAGGAUAAUUACAUAUUUGAUAUUUGUGUACAGUAUGUGCAGUAUGGAUAUGUAAGAAAUAUAACAGUUUUUAAUGCAAUUGUCUGUGUUUAUAGUGAGCAUACCACCUCAUACAGUAUGUUUGUCUUUGCAUAUCUGUCAGUAUUUUUAAUAUUAAAAUGACAUUAGCAUAAAGGUUGUGAAUAAUUCAUCAGUCCUGAGUGAACCCAGUUGCACUGCUCUCUCUCUGUCCAUAUCUCUCUCCCUCUCUUCGCUCCUCCACAUGGUUCGUAGCUGGUUAAUGGGAUGGAAUGUGACAGGUUAUGUUUUCAUCUGCCUGAUAUGGAGCCGGGCGGGAGGGAGAGAGA